CUUUAUAAGGGCGUCCACUCCACCUGCCUCUCGCAGACACCCGCAGGCAGAGCCGGGUGUGGGGACCGUGGGGACUGAGGGAAUCUAGGGUCGCGCCAUGCACGGAGACGAGGAGACGGUGGACCUGCCUGCGUGGAACCGCGUCCCGGACCUGACUUGGGGUCCCCACCACAGAUCUGCGAUGGCGUCUCUUGAUUCUGAGGUGAGGGAAGAGUGUCUGAGGGAAGACCUGAAGUUCUACUUCAUGAGUCCCUGUGAGAAGUACCGAGCCAGACGUCAGAUCCCAUGGAAACUGGGCUUGCAGAUAUUGAAGAUAGUCAUGGUAACCACACAGCUUGUUCGGUUUGGCUUAAGUAACCAGUUGGUGGUGGCUUUCAAAGAAGAUAACACUGUUGCUUUUAAGCACUUGUUUUUGAAAGGAUUUUCUGGAGUUGAUGAAGAUGACUACAGCUGUAGCAUAUACACUCAGGAAGACGCCUACGAGAGCAUCUUUUUUGCUAUAAAGCAGUAUCGUCAUCUGAAGAACAUUUCCCUGGCAACCCUUGGCCAUGGAGAAAGUGAAAACAAUAGGACUGGCUUGAAGGUCUGUAAGCAGCAUUACAAGACAGGGGCCGUGUUUUCUUCUAACGAGACCCUGAACAUGGACAGUGACAUCGAGACAGACUGCAUUCACCUGGACCUCCACAUGCUCACCACAGAACCCGAGGACUGGGCACAGACAUCUUUCUUCAGGCUGGAUUUUUAUCGGCUUGUGCAAGUUGAUAUCUCCUUUGCCCUCAAAGGAAUUGACCUACAGGCAGUUCACUCCCGAGAGGCACCGGACUGUUACCUCUUUCAGAAUAAGAUUACCUUCGACAACACAGCCCACAGUGGGAAAAUCAAAAUCUAUCUUAACAGUGAGGCCAACAUCGAAGAGUGUAAAAACAUGAACAUAUCUGGGCCUACUCAGAGAACCACGCAUUACACCCUGGUGUUUGAUGUGUUCGUCAUUAUGAUCUGCCUGGCAUCCCUUAUCCUGUGCACGAGAUCCAUUGUUCUUGCUCUGAGGCUGAGGAAGCGAUUUCUAAACUUCUUCCUGGAGAAGCACAAGCAGCGCGUGUGUGACGCCGACCAGUGGGAAUUCAUCAACGGAUGGUACAUCCUGGUCAUUAUCAGUGACCUCAUGACAAUAAUCGGAUCCAUAUUGAAGAUGGAAAUCAAAGCCAAGAACCUCACAAACUAUGACCUGUGCAGCAUCUUGCUCGGGACAUCGACGCUCUUUGUCUGGGUUGGAGUCAUCAGAUAUCUGGGUUACUUUCAGACGUACAAUGUGCUCAUUUUAACCAUGCAAGCCUCGCUGCCCAAAGUUCUCCGGUUCUGUGCUUGCGCUGGCAUGAUCUACCUGGGGUACACCUUCUGCGGCUGGAUUGUCUUAGGACCGUACCACGAGAAGUUUGAAAACCUGAACAUAGUUGCUGAAUGCCUGUUUUCUCUGGUCAAUGGCGAUGACAUGUUUGCCACGUUCGCUCAGAUCCAGCAGAAGAGCAUUCUGGUGUGGCUGUUCAGUCGCCUCUACCUGUAUUCCUUCAUCAGCUUAUUCAUAUACAUGGUCCUCAGUCUUUUCAUUGCGCUCAUCACAGACUCUUACCACACCAUUAAGAAAUAUCAGCAGAAUGGGUUUCCUGAAACGGAUCUGCAGAAAUUCCUGAAGGAGAGUGGAAGCAAAGAUGGGUACCAGAAGCAGCCAUCGGCCUUGCUGUCCUGUCUCUGCUGUCUGAGGAGGAGAAGAAGCAAUGACCACUUGAUUCUCAUUGACUAAAACCCUUGACUGAUGUCAGUCAAGUCCAAACCUCUUCAUGUUGAGGUUGUACAGAAAGACCCCAGAGGUAGCAGCAGUCCACGCAAAGAUUGUCCUACUGAAUUGUGGAUCCAGAAGGAGGGGUGUCCAUGAGCUGCUGAUCGGACCUGACAUUCCAAAGUCGCUUUUUAUAGACAUGGAGUGUGAAGAGUAAGCCUCUCUUGGGAGUUAAUGUGAGGCCAGUGUGGAGUCUGGUUCUUUGUGACAUCAUAAUAUUGAGAUGUAAAAAGGACUAUUCUCAUUUCAGAGUGUGUUAAACCCAGAUAAAGAUGUAUGCUUAUUGCCAAGAAAAAGAUUUGUUUCAAAACGUGGUCCUUGGGUUUGAAGACAUUCGUUAAUUCAUGGUCUGCACAGAAAUGAAUUUGCUUCAGUACCAAAUUAAGACUUGAAGCUGGAGAAGUGGUAACUCACUCAGAUCAUGAUUGGUUCGACUGUGAGCUUGCUCCUUCAGCAAGCAUGACAUGCAGUGUCUGUUAGCACAGUCAGCAGGAUGAACCAGUAUCUGGCUGUCCCCUCAGGUGAGCUUUCCCUGGACUGGACACAUGAUGAGUGAGUCACCCUAAGCUUAGAGUGGCCACCUAUUUCAUGAGUCAGCUCCACUAUGGUGGGGAUUUGCCCUUGUCAUGGAAGGAAAUGCACAUUUUUUUCCAUAAAUAAAUUUAUUUUCAC